AUUGAUUUCUUGAAGCAUCAUUCUAUCUUCUUAAUUUUCUUUUAUAAAAGAAAAUAAAAUAAAAAUCUUACAUUGAAAUUAACCCAUAUUUAAGUACAUGUUCACUAGUCUUAAAACUUGCCCCAUUUUAUCUAUCUCUCUCUCUCCCCCAUCCAAUUGUUUUCCUUUGAGAAACAUGAAAUCCCAAAACAGGAAACCAUACAGGAAUUUCUCCAUCAUUCUCUCUGCUUAAACACAGAAUAUCCAAAUGGUCCUUCUUUGAACCCUUUCCCCUGUUUAAUUCGUGGACUUAUAGUUAGUUUGUGUUAGAUGGAUCUUGAAAUUGUGGGGUUUGAUGCUCUUCUGGGCUCUGAAACAACCGCCUACCUUUCUUCUUCUUCUUCUUCUAUCCCCACAUCAGAUUCCGACCAAAAACAAAGACUUCAUGGAUCUGGCUGGAACCUCCCCAAACAUUAUUCACAAGACUUCUCUCUGAGAUCCACCAUUAAUGGAGGAAACUCUAUCAUCUCUGAAAAUGGUCAGCAAAUGCUCAGCUUUUCCUCCCCUACCUCGCAGAUGCCUCCAUCAGCCUAUGGAUAUGGAGGACUAUUUAAUAGGAUGAGAGGACCAUUCACUCAGUCACAGUGGAUGGAAUUGGAAAAUCAAGCUUUGAUUUAUAAGUAUAUCAAUGCUAAUGCACCUGUUCCUUCAAAUCUGCUUAUUCCCAUCAUAAAAGCCUCACAUUAUGCUCAUUUUCCUCCUUUCUCAGUUGGGUGGGCUCCUUUCCAUUUGAGAUUCUCUAACAGCACUGACCCUGAGCCUGGAAGGUGUCGUCGAACCGAUGGCAAGAAAUGGAGGUGUGCAAAGGAUGCAGUCCCCGAUCAGAAAUAUUGUGAGCGGCAUAUGAACCGUGGCCGCCACCGUUCAAGAAAGCCUGUGGAAAACCAAACGGGCCAUUCCGUCUCCACCGCCGCCGCCUCCAAGAUGGUGGUUCCGACGGCGGUGCCAGCAGACGGUCUGAGCCUCUCCCAGCCUGGUGGGGCCCACCGCUGUCCUUCGUCGAGUAAUGGCAACAGGGUAUUUUUGAACAGAGAAAACAACAAACUUCAGGAUUCCUUUAGUCAAUCCACUAUAUACCCAUCUUCCAAUUUGAAACAGACCCAAUUCUUAGACGACCCUAAUCAACAAACCCUUUGUUGUUCUCCAACAACUUACGGUUCGUCAUAUCACAACAUCAAUGGAAAGGAUCAAUAUGGGCUGAAGAGCGACGAUAUUCAGCACGAGAGAACUCAACUCUCGAUAUCCAUUCCUGUAACAUCAGACUUCAUGUCCAAAGAGCCAUCAACAAAAAUGGGAUUGGGAGUUGGCCUCAUGGAAAAUGAAACCAGCAGCCAAAAGCAAGCCAGUUGGAUACCUGUUUCAUGGGGAAGUAAUAAUGCUAAUUCUAUUGGGGGACCUCUAGGGGAGGUUUUGAACAAGACCAAUAGACAUUCAUCGGCUUUAGAUCUUAUGUCUGUUCACCAAUAGGAGAAUAGCCAUCGCCUUGGCUCUUCGCCAACCGGGGUACUGAGCGGUUCCGUUUGGUACGGUUUCUAAUAGUAGUUGUGGGAGCAGUCUGAGAACAGAGAGCCAUAACAUUUAAAACUGAAAAAACUUUUGGAUUCAAUCUAGUUUCUGGCUUGAUCUUGAUUUCGUAGUUCAUUUACUGUUUUUUUAGUCUAAUUGUGUAUCUAAUAUAGUGUUGGUUAUCUUGAUGUGUAUGGAAAUAUUAUUUAGUAGUUGUUUGAUUUUGUAUUAUGAA